UAUUCUCAUAUCUCUUAUCAUCUGUUACAAUCAAAUUUGGGUAGUAGAAAAGGGAGUGAUCGAACAAGGAUAAGAUGAGGUACCAUUCUUUCUUAAGAAGCCUGAAGAAGGAAGAGCAACAAGUUCCGGACAGUACCCAUAAUUCUGGUGAAGAAUUCUCUGACACUAAUACUACAAAAUUAGAUGAUGCUUACACCAAUGGAGACAAUGAUCAUGAGGUUGAUAUCAUGGAUGAUUGGGAACAAAUUUUGGGAAUCAAAGAGGAAGAAGAUGGAAAAUUACCGAGCGAUAACAUGUACAGCGGUCACGAGCUCAAUUGGGAUUUUAUGGAUUGGGACGAGUUUCCCAAUGUAGAAGAAGAAGGGGAGGAGAUAGAUCAAAAAGUUUAUCAUGGCACUGAUAAGUGCUUCUUUGAAGAGGAGAGCUACUACAAAAAAAAUAUUGUAAAGUGUGAGAGUAUAGGGUUUUGGGAUGAUGAUGAUGAGAAGAAGGUGCAGCUGAAUUUGAAUUUGAAUUAUCAAGAGGUUAUGGAUGCUUGGUCUGAUCGCGGUACUCUUUGGGCAGAUGAUUGUUCACUUUCUUCCAUGGCUAGCAAUGGCAAUUAUAUAGGGGAGGUGCCAGUAAUGGAAGAAGAGAAGGCAAGAAGAGAGGCAAGAGUUCUAAGGUACAAGGAGAAACGCCAGUCUAGACUCUUUUCCAAAAAGAUAAGGUACCAAGUCCGUAAGCUUAAUGCAGAUAAAAGACCUAGACUCAAGCAGGGUCGAUUUGUGAAGAGGGUUUGAUUUGCCACGUGAAAAUACUUAUCAACUCAACAAAAAGCAUGGAAUAUCUCAACAAAUAUCCCACUCCAAUAUCCGUGGACUUUAACUUUUGAAUGUGUUUGUCGACUGAAAAUAUCUCUAAUUUAACUACAUGAAAAAAGAUGAAAAUAUCUAACUUUUAGGGAGUUGAUUAAUUCUAAAAACUCUCUGUUUGCGGGGUCUACUAUGGACUUUGACGAGCAAUAUUUUCAUUGAAGGGGUUAAUUUCAGUGGAUUGUCAAGUCUGUAAUUAUUGGUCAUGGUAGGAUUAAUAUUGUUCAUAUAUGUAGUGGUGGUCCAUGUCAACUACCAUUUUCUUUUGCUCUUUAUGGGAUUUUGUUUACGUUGUGUCAUUUUCUUUAUAAUACGCUGCUGCCAAUGCCAAGAGAGCAAAUGCUGUAAUUUAAAAUUUUUAAAUUUUUGUUGUUGAAAUAGAAAGAA